UUUUUCUUUGGUACAUAUCCCAAUACAUACCCUUUGACAAUAUCCGCAAGCUCCAGUCUCUGAGCAAUCGUCAGCUUUUUAUACCAGGGCUGAUCAUCACCCCUUUGUACAGGAUAAUGACCUAUGAUCCACACCGUAGUGCGGUCCUCCCGUAGCCCGAACGAUGUCCCUGACGAGCAAGGUGAUCUCCUUGAUCAGCUCAACGGGUGGAAUGGGUGCAGCAUUAUCGUCGCCGGCGGUAGUGUCUUGAUUUAAUGACACUGCCCUCGGCUUAACCGCCUGAUCGGUGAAAUGCAAAAAAUCGUGAUCAUUCUCAAAACAAAAUGUCGUACUCUUCCAAAGUAAAUGGAACGCUUCGGCCCAAAUCUGCCGACAAAUCACUGCUUCAUGCAGAAACGGAACGACGGGCCAUCCUUCUCCUACACAAUUAUGCAUCCCAGCAAGGCGAUCGUCGACCCCGGGGUGCAUAUACAAACGAUCCGCACCCCAUGCACAUUCGUCGCCUUUUUUGGCACCAAGACGCGUGAGCUUGUAGAUUUCGGUGUCGGAGAGUUGUUCGCGGCAUGGAUAGAACCGUAUUCUUUUUGCAGGUCCGACUUUCCGGUUACUGAUUGGAUGGAGGGCACGGUUUCCAAAGGCAUAGACCCAGAUCAUUUCCCGGAUUUCGGCUGGCAGGCGUAAUAGGGGCGAUCUUUUUUGGUUUUGUAGCGUGCUAGCAAUGCUAUGAUCAGCUAUCGAAAAGCAUGAAUGAUGCUUGGGACUGGAUUGCUGUAUCUUGACUCACAUGUCUACGGGCUGGCUCAUGGUUCCCGUGCCACCAAUUUCCUCUGAAGACAUGGUAUCGGCAGGCACUUCUGAAUUUUUGACGCGAUAUCGCUAGGUCUUUUCGCAAGGUACU